AUGUCUGGGUUUCUCGAAAAUGCUUACAGCCUGGUUCAUCAGGACAAUGCGGCCGACGUGCCAACGGUAUCAGAUUUGCGUAUGCAGCUGGAGAAAGGCACUGAUGAGACAAAGGUCGAGACCAUGAAGCGAAUUCUCACAGUCAUGCUGAAUGGAGACCCAAUGCCGUCGUUGCUUAUGCAUAUCAUUCGAUUUGUCAUGCCUUCAAAGCACAAACCUCUCAAGAAGCUCCUAUACUUCUAUUAUGAGAUCUGCCCGAAACUCGAUUCUAGCGGCAAAUUGAAGCAGGAAAUGAUUCUGGUUUGCAACGGCAUUCGUAACGACCUUCAGCACCCGAACGAGUAUAUCCGAGGAAACACGCUGCGUUUUCUCUGCAAAUUGCGCGAGCCGGAGCUCAUUGAACCCCUGCUCUCGUCAGCGCGAUCCUGUCUGGAGCAUCGGCAUGCAUAUGUCCGCAAGAACGCUGUCUUUGCUGUGUCCUCGAUAUUUGCACAUUCCCCGUCAUUAAUUCCAGACGCAUCGGAGCUCCUUGCCACCUUCGUCGAAGGCGAGACCGAUGCGACAUGCAAGAGAAAUGCGUUCGCGGCUCUUGCAAACAUAAAUCAUGAUGCAGCCCUCCUGUAUCUAAGUUCUGUUUUUGAUGGCAUACCAAACGCCGAGGAGCUGCUACAGUUGGUGGAACUUGAGUUUAUUCGGAAAGAUGCUUUCCAGAAUUCCCAGAACAAGGCUCGAUAUCUUCGACUCAUUUUCGACUUACUGGAAGCCGGUGCCUCAACUGUGGUAUAUGAAGCAGCGUCUUCCUUAACAGCGUUGACGAAUAACCCAGUGGCUGUUAAAGCUGCUGCGACCAAGUUUAUUGAACUUAGCAUAAAAGAAGCCGACAACAAUGUUAAGCUCAUCGUCUUGGAUCGCGUGGAUCAGCUGCGCAAGAAUAAUGAAGGCAUUCUCGAUGAUUUAGUCAUGGAGGUACUGAGAGUGCUUUCCAGCACAGAUAUUGAUGUGCGUAGGAAGGCCCUCAGCAUCGCCUUGGACAUGGUAUCAAGCAAGAAUGUCGAAGAAGUUGUUCUUUUGCUAAAGAAAGAAUUAUCCAAAACCGUGGACCAAGAGUAUGAGAAAAAUACGGAGUAUCGAUCUCUUCUCAUUCACUCGAUUCAUCAAUGCGCGAUCAAGUUCUCGGAAGUCGCUGCCAGCGUGGUAGAUUUGCUUAUGGAUUUCAUAGCGGAUUUCAAUAAUGCCUCAGCAGUAGACGUCAUAAACUUUGUGAAGGAGGUUGUGGAAAAGUUUCCAGCUCUUCGAAAGACAAUCGUUGAACGGCUCGUUUCUACACUGAGCGAGGUCCGUGCUGGCAAAGUUUACAGAGGUAUUAUGUGGAUCGUUGGUGAAUAUUCGUUGGAGGAGAAAGAUAUCCGAGAUGCGUGGAAGCGGAUACGGGCUAGCUUGGGCGAGAUUCCUAUUCUCGCCUCAGAGCAGAGACUUUUGGAAGAUCAAGAUGGCGGCGAGCCGAUCCAAGAUCAAGUCAACGGCAAUCCAAAGCCGGCAGCCCCAAGCGGCUCACGUAAAGUCUUGGCCGACGGGACUUAUGCCACAGAAACAGCUUUGACUAGCCAAUCCUCGGCAGCCGCUAAGCUCGAGGCUGUUAAGACAGCGCAGAAGCCUCCCCUACGUCAACUCAUACUAGAUGGAGACUACUACCUUGCUACAGUUCUUUCUUCCACGCUUGUGAAGCUGGUCAUGCGUCACUCCGAAAUUUCGGCUGAUAUUGCUCGAACGAAUGCCCUAAGAGCUGAAGCGAUGCUCAUUAUGAUCUCUAUUCUCCGCGUCGGACAAUCGCAGUUUGUCAAGGCUCCCAUUGAUGAAGACUCCGUGGAUCGCAUCAUGUCCUGUGUGCGGUCUCUCGCCGAUUUCAGCACCAAGAAGGAACUAGAGAACGUCUGGCUCAACGAUACCAGAAAGGCAUUCCGCGCAAUGGUACAGGUGGAAGAGAAGAAGCGGGAAGCCAAAGAAGCACAUGAGCGAGCAAAAUCGGCCGUACAGGUUGACGAUGUCGUCCAGAUCCGCCAACUUUCCAAGCGGAAUGCUACAGACGGAAUAGACGGCAUUGAAUUAGACCUGGAGAGGGCAACAGGUGGCGAAGCAACCGCAGAAGAUCUGUCUUCUAAACUUAGUCGUGUCGUGCAGCUGACCGGUUUCUCGGAUCCUGUUUAUGCGGAGGCCUAUGUGAAAGUGCAUCAGUUUGAUAUCGUCCUCGAUGUGCUCCUUGUCAACCAAACAACGGAAACGCUUCAAAACUUGUCCGUGGAAUUCGCUACCCUCGGUGACUUGAAGGUCGUGGAGAGACCUACCACUCAGAAUCUCGGCCCCCAUGACUUCCACAAUGUUCAGUGUACCAUCAAGGUCUCAUCUACGGACACAGGCGUCAUAUUUGGCAAUGUCGUAUACGAUGGAGCCCAUUCUACUGACACAAACGUGGUUAUUCUAAACGAUUUACACGUAGAUAUUAUGGACUACAUUCAACCGGCUACAUGCACUGAGACCCAAUUCCGAACAAUGUGGACUGAAUUUGAAUGGGAGAACAAAGUCAAUAUUAACUCAAAAGCGAAGUCGUUACGAGACUUUCUGGAUCAACUGAUGGCGUGUACCAACAUGAACUGCUUGACACCUGAGGCGAGCCUCAAAGGGGAUUGCCAAUUUUUGAGCGCAAACCUCUACGCUCGGUCCGUAUUCGGUGAGGAUGCCUUGGCCAAUCUUAGCAUCGAAAAGGAGGGAGAAGACGGCCCUAUUACCGGGUUUGUUCGUAUAAGAAGCAGAUCUCAAGGCCUUGCUUUAAGUUUAGGAUCCUUGAAAGGUUUAAACAAGAUCGGAUCUUCAGCAUAA